CCAUGUUGCUGAAAACCGUACCUAGCUUUAUGUUUCAAAUUGUUGCUGAAAAAUGUACUUAGCUUUAUGUUCAAAUAUUAUUUUAAUAGUAAGGCAACUCUGUUUAAGCACACUAAAAGAUGUAAUGACUUCUUCCGGUUUUACUUUCUUACGAGUAGCCGAGGAGGAACCACGGAUAAAUAUUAAAACUCACUCAUUCACUCUCUUUGCCUUCUUUGAAUAAAGUGUUUUGAUAUAUUCGUGUUUCUUUUAUCAAUUGCCGCCGCAACAUUAUUUUAAUAUUUAUCCUCGUGUGCCAUCGUAAAUUAUUGCAUGCCACGCUACAAUUUAAGAAGUCAAAAAACACAUAACGCGAAUCCAUCGAAAAUGCCGAUUUCAAAUGAAGACUCUUUUAGCGAUAACGAUGGAGACUGCGCAAUGGUCAUGCCAGACAACGCAGUUGCAGAUUUACAGAAACAAAUACGUCAGUUGCAACUAUCUUUAGAAGCCUUCGAAAAGGAGAGGUUAUCUCUCAAACAAACAAUCGCCUCGACAACUGCCGCCGUCGAUACUAGGAUUGCUGUGUCACUUGCCGACUCCUUUCAAGUCAAUGCUGCCGCACCUGUUAAGCAAAUGUAUGCCUAUACAAAUACAGCCGAUAAUUUUGCAUAUUCAUUGCCACACAUGAGCUAUGCCAACGCCGCCGUUCUUGCCCCACCGAAUUCCAACGUCAACGCUGCCGAUGUAUUUUUCACCCGUUCUAAUGCUUAUACAAAUUCCAACUACAACCCUACAUCAGCCCACCAGCAUAUGCCCAGCUAUAUGCAGCCUAUUACGCCAUGUUUGAAUGUCACCGCAGGUAACUUUUCGCCGAUUGUAAAUUUUGCUGAUAUUAAAUCUACAGCCGCCACAUCUUUAAACAACACGCACUCGUCACCUAUGCAGAAUAAUAACCCUAAUAACCAACAUUUUAUACGCAAACUUCAGGAUUUACCACAUUUUUCAGGCUCACCCGAAGAGUGGCCAAUGUUUAUCGUCGCCUUUAAAGAGACUACAAGCAUGUUUGCAUACAGUAAUGUAGAAAACUUACUGCGCUUACAGAAAGCUCUUAAAGGAGAUGCGCGAUCAAAGGUUGAAUCGCUAUUAAUUCACCCUUCAAGUGUGAAUGCGGUGAUAUCUUCGUUACAGUUUCAUUAUGGACGACCUGAACUACUGAUGCGCAGCCAGCUCGCAAAAGUCAAAUCGUUUCCAUCAAUCACAAGUGGAAAAAUACAUGAAAUCGCCAAUUAUAGUUCAAUGGUAACAAAUCUAGUCCCAUUUUUGGAGAACGCCAGUGCUGCACCUCAUCUUUCAAACCCAACACUGCUCGACGAAUUGGUGUUUCCAGCUUUCCAUAGGAUGUUGUGCUGCGCUCCGGGGUUGUCCCUUUUCUUUAACAGUACUGAGGUCCCACGGCGUUUAGAAAUCCCACGUUGUGCGUUGUAGCCGCUCGUUAGCCAAGUAUUUAUUGUAUUUUUUGUUUUUCACACACUUUUUUUUUGUUUUUAACUCACGGAGCCUUAUUUUUUUAUUUUCAGGCUUUUUUCUCCUUUUUUUCCACAAUCACUACCGUUCGCCACUCGCGGAGCCUUACUUUUUGGUUUUCAGGCAAUUACUACUUACACGCGCUGGUCCCUGCUCGGGCGCCAGUUAAAAAACGUUUUAUUGUUUUUUAUAAAAAAAUAUUUUAUUGGAGCUAUGCUCCUUUAUUGAGUUUCACUUAAGAACUAACAUUUACAAUUAAUUAUACUUAACUCUAGACCUAUGUUUGCCGCUGCAACGGGUACGGACUUUGCUGACGCUGCGCUUCCCACAGGUUAGCACUUCGCUAACGUUGCGCUUCCCAUAGGUUGCCACUACACGUGUCGCAGUCUCAGCGAUUUAGUGGUAUCAUAUUAUUUUACUUUGUAUCAUAUAAUAUUACUGCAUCAUAUGAUACUUUGAAUGUAUGGGGUGCUAACUUAUACACUCCUGAAAAUGUCAUACCAUUCACGAAAUAUUCUAACUUUUACAAAUUUCUUAAACUUAUGAGUUGGGUCCGAUUCGCUGUUUUAAGAUUUCACGAUUUGAUAAACAGAAGUACUGAAAUUCAGCGCAGACCGUUAAAUGUAACAGCUAAGCUCAUCAAAGAAACAGCAGCUUUCAAAACAGAGUCCAUUAUUCGCACUAACACCCAUUAUUAACGAUAGAGGACUACUAUGUCUUGGAGGUCGAAUUGAUAACGCUCUGUAUCUACCUGUUUGCAUGAGAAGUCCAGUAAUUCUACCAAAGAAUCAUCCAUUGUCACGACUAAUAGUUCGCCAUUUUCAUGAAACAUUUUAUCAUCAAAAUCAGGAAGCUAUUAUCUGUGCAAUCCGUGCUAAAUAUUGGAUACCAAACGUUCGGAGCCUUCUUAAAUCUGUGAGAGGUGAAUGUCAGUUCUGCAAAAAUGCAGCAGUUACUCCAAGGCCUCCUCUCAUGGGGCAAUUACCAAUUGUUCGUUUAUCACCAUAUGUUAGAGCUUUCUCGUACACCGGUCUUGACCAUUUUGGCCCAGUAAUAGUGUCCAUCGGACGACGGCGAGAAAAGAGGUGGGUGGCCCUGUUCACCUGCUUAACGAUUCGAGCGAUACAUUUAGAGGUGGCCAAAGAUUUGUCAACUGAUUCUGUAAUUUUAUGUCUGCGCAAUUUUGUCAACCGUAGAGGAAUUCCCGUCCGUAUAAGAAGCGACAGAGGGACAAAUUUCAUCGGAGCAAGCAAGGUCGAAUGGUUGCAUGUUUCUAAAGAUGUAGAACGGGAAUGUACUCGGCUUGGAAUUGAGUGGGUUUUUAAUCAACCCGCGGAUCCAUCGGCAGGUGGGGCAUGGGAGCGCAUGGUUCAAAGCGUUAAACGUGUGUUGGCAUUUACUUUGAAGGAAAAGGCUCCUCAAAUUGAGACAUUGCAAAGCUUACUUAUCGAAGCUGAAAAUUAAAUAAAUUCUCGUCCACUUACACAUUUAUCAAUUGAAAGUUGUGAUGAUGACCCGUUAACUCCUAAUCAUUUUCUGUUGGGAUGCCCAAACUACAUACAAACUCCUACUGAAUCAGAUAAAGUAUGUUUGCAAAAACAAUGGCAAAUUUUACAACAGCUAAAACAGACGUUUUGGCGCAGAUGGGUAUUAGAGUACCUACCAACACUUACGCGUCGUACUAAGUGGCACAAAAGAGUUAAUCCCAUUCGUGUUGGAGAUGUUGUUAUUAUCUGCGAUACUAAUGAAAAUUUGCGGGAUUGGAGACGUGGAAUCGUACUGGAAACAUUUCCCGGACCAGAUGGACAAGUUAGGUCAGCGCUUAUUAAGACAUCAACGGGUAACAUAAGGGGGCCCGCCUCAAAGUUAGCAGUUCUUGAUGUUUCUGGUGACCCUCAACUCGCAGAUACUCCUUCGGUUCACGGGGGGCGGGAUGUUGCUGAAAAACGUACCUAGCUUUAUGUUUCAAAUUGUUGCUGAAAAAUGUACCUAGCUUUAUGUUCAAAUAUUAUUUUAAUCGUAAGGCAACUCUGUUUAAGCACACUAAAAGAUGUAAUGGCUUCUUCCGGUUUUACUUUCUUACGAGUAGCCUAGGAGGAACCACGGAUAAAUAUUAAAACUCACUCAUUCACUCUCUUUGCCUUCUUUGAAUAAAGUGUUUUGAUAUAUUCGUGUUUCUUUUAUCAAUUGCCGCCGCAACAGUCCAGGAACCAUGGUUUGCAUCGGGUAAAGUGGUCGAUGAUUUGAAGGUUGAGCCAGUGGAAGAUGCCAAGGAUGAGUCUGACUCCUUUCAUCCUGCUAUAUGCCACAUGAUUGCGAGGUGUCAACGGCAGAGCUCAAAAGGAUGGCGGUGGAGGGCGCUAGUGCUAACGCCCAUCAUACGAUUUGGGACAGCCCCGACAUCAAAAAGCGAGAUGAGUCUCUACUCGAUUAUAUUUUACAAAGUAGUCUAGUGGUAACUAAUGGAAGUGAAGAACCUACCUAUGUAGGACCCACCUCUAGAAACGUUCUAGGAAUAACAUUGUACACAAGUAAAGAUACAUACAUUGGUAGAAAAAUGGAGUGUGCUAAUUUCACGUCGUUCUCUGAUUAUAAGUACAAUAUUAAUAACUUCAACUGUAUGUACAUCUACUUCUCCAUUAGAUCGAAAGCAAAGAUCAGAAAUAAGGUUAGGAAAAAUCCCAGGAAUACAAACUAUAGGAUCUCUACAGGCAUAUACUAUUAGGCAAGAGAUUUAGACCUUGAAAAGGACGUGACUGCAUUCACGAAUGCCCUAAAUACGGGUCUUCCUUACGCAUAGCCUACUCUGUGACUCAAGCACAAAACGAAGACUCUUUGGUGGAACAAGGAGCUUGGGUCUUGCAGACGCAAAGUACGGGAAUGCUUCAACUAGGCUAAGUUAGCAGAAAGCGAGGGCUGGUGGAACAAAUAUAAAGAUCUUCUAAGAGACUAGAAGAAGUUAGGCGCGGGGCAAAGCGAGAAUCAAGAAAAACUUGUAUUUCCGUACCGUAGCUAAACUAAAAGUAGAACAAAAUUGUUUCCUUUUUUAUUUACCUACAAUGUACAUAUUUAUAAGAAUAAACCGAAAUUAAAAUAGUAAAUUCAUUUUUAGAAAAUCAGCAAAUAUGAAAUACUUACAUACAUACAUAUGUAAAAGGUAAAAUUAAGUAGUGUUAAAAAUAAUUACAUUAAAUGGAAAAGACGGCCAAAACAUAAUGUUUAUAAAUAUUUUCCAUUUGUAUUAAAAAGAACAACAAUAUUUCAGUAUUCCUUUCGCUUAAUCUUGACCGACGAUCACUUACAAUUCGCCCCGCUUUGAAAAAAAUGCUCUCGCAAGGAACGGAGGAGGCUACAACACAUACAUAAAUACUUUUUUGCUAAUUCUGCCAUUUAGGGCAUCGCUGAAUUUCAAUAAUGGCUUUUGCUUCUACGCUACUAUGUGGUUUAUGUUCCCGUACCCGAAGGAAGAAGAAGACCUCCACUCCGUUGAAAGCACCAGGCUUCGCUUGGAAUAUCCAAUUGGCGCCACGUAGCGAAAAGAAGAAACGACUGAUGCGCUGUUGUUAAGGUAGUAGUCCGGUAACUUAUGCCUAUUUUCAUGACUUCUUUGGAGGGUGGUUUUGAAUAGGAAAAUAAAAAUUAAUUAUCUUGAAUAUUUAGAGUGUUUUUAUUUACAUAUUGAAAUUAUAAAAAAAAAUGUAUUUGAAAAAAUUUAAUACUUUAUUACUAUUAUUAUUGUCACUCGAAGUUGGAAACUCAAAAAAAUGUACGUGGGUGGCCCGGGUGAUUUUGACUCUUGAUGUUAUUGGAAAUCAAAUAUUCUUGUUUAUUCUUAAUCUAUAGACAUGUCAUUCUGGUCGGAACUGAUGAAGUUAAAUUUCAAGGGUAAAUAACAAAAUGGCGGACAGUCCUUUUAUUUUGCAAAGAAAGAGUUGUAAAAAAGUUAGAGGUGAAAAAAUUCUCGUUAGUUCCGACGAGAACUAUAAGUGCGUAGAACAGUCUGUUAAAAUUUGAAAGCAAUCUGUUCAGUAGAAAAAAAGUUAGGACACGGGCCAACCAGAAAAACAAUGUUUUGAGAAAAACGCGUUUGAAGCUCAACAAAUCCGAGAGAGAGGACUCUAAGGCGCUCUAAGAAACUCGUUAUAACUCCCGAAAUAUUUCAAAUUUCUGUCUGAAAUUUUCUCAGUAUAUUCUCAAGACAUUCUUCUUCUUCUUAAUUGGCGUAGACACCGCUUACGCGAUUAUAGCCGAGUUAACAACCGCACGCCAGUCGUUUCUUCUUUUCGCAAAGUGGCGCCAAUUGGAUAUUCCAAGCGAAGCCAGGUCCUUCUCCACUUGGUCCUUCCAACGGAGUGGAGGUCUUCCUCUUCCUCUGCUUCCCGCGGCGGGUACUGCGUCGAAUACUUUCAGAGCUGGAGUGUUUUCGUCCGUCCGGACAACAUUACCUAGCCAGCGUAGCCGCUGUCUUUUAAUUCGCUGAACUAUGUCAAUGUCGUCGUAUAUCUCGUACAGCUCAUCGUUCCAUCGAAUGCGAUAUUCGCCGUGGCCAACGCGCAAAGGACCAUAAAUCUUUCGCAGAACUUUUCUCUCGAAAACUCGCAACGUCGACUCAUCCGUUGUUGACAUCGUCCAAGCCUCUGCACCAUAUAGCAGGACGGGAAUUAUGAGUGACUUAUAGAGUUUGGUUUUUGUUCGUCGAGAGAGGACUUUGCUUCUCAAUUUCCUACUACGAAGUAGCACCUGUUGGCAAGGGUUAUCCUGCGUUGGAUUUCCAGGCUGACGUUGUUGGCGGUUUUAAUACUGGUUCCUAAAUAGACGAAAUUAUCUACAACUUCAAAGUUAUGACUGUCAACAGUGACGUGAGUGCCAAGUCGCUAGUGCGACGACUGUUUGUUUGAUGACAGGAGAUAUUUCGUCUUGCCUUCGUUCACUGCCAGAUCCAUUUCUUUUAAUUCCUUGUCCAGUCUGGAGAAAGCAGAACUAACGGCGAGGGUGUUGAGGCCGAUGAUAUCAAUAUCAUCGGCAUACGCCAGCAGUUGUACACUCUUAUAGAAGAUGAUGCCUUCUCUGUUGAUUUCUGCAGCUCGAACUAUUUUCUCCAGAAGCAGGUUGAAAAAGUCGCACGAUAGGGAAUCGCCUUGUCUGAAACCUCGUUUGGUAUCGAACGGCUCGGAGAGCUCCUUCCCGAUUCUGACGGAGCUUUUCGUGUUGCUCAACGUCAGCUUACACAGCCGUAUUAGCUUUGCGGGGAUACCAAAUUAAGACAUCGCGGCAUAAAGGCAGCUCCUUUUCGUGCUGUCGAAAGCAGCUUUGAAAUCGACGAAUAGGUGGCGAGUGUCGAUUCUCCUUUCACGGGUAUUUUCCAAGAUUUGGCCCAUGGUGAAUAUCUGGUCGGUUGUUGAUUUACCAGGUCUGAAGCCACACUGAUAAGGUCCAAUCAGUUUGUUGACGGUGGGCUUUAAUCUUUCACAUAAUACGCUCGAUAGAACCUUGUACGCGAUGUUGAGAAGGCUAAUCCCACGGUAGUUGGCGCAAAUUGUGGGGUCUCCUUUUUUAUGGAUUGGGCAGAGCACACUUAAAUUCCAAUCGUUGGGCAUACUUUCGUCCGACCAUAUUUUGCAAAGAAGCUGAUGCAUGCACCUUAUCAGCUCUUCGCCGCCGUGUUUGAAUAGCUCGGCCGGCAAUCCGUCGGCCUCUGCCGCUUUGUUGUUCUUCAGGCGGGCAAAUGCUAUUCGAACUUCUUCAUGGCCGGGUAAUGGAACGUCUGCUCCAUCGUCAUCGAUUGGGGAAUCGGGUUCGCCUUCUCUUGGUGUUAUGCGUUCACUGCCAUUCAACAGGCUGGAGAAGUGUUCCCUCCAUUAUCUAAGUAUGCUCUGGGCAUCGGUGGCUAGAUCACCUUUCUGGGUUCUACGGGAGUGUGCUCCGGUCUUGAAACCUUCUGUAAGCCGCCGCAUUUUUUCGUAGAAUUUUCGAGCAUUACCCUGUCGGCCAGCUUAUCAAGCUGUUCAUACUCACGCAUUUCGGCCUUGAAUUGAAAUGCCGUCCCACAGUUCCCUUAUACCGAGAUGUUGACGAGUGCUCUCAGAGAGCAGGAGUGCAAGCCGAGCAGAGAAUCGUUCGGCUGUCUGUUGUGAUUGCAGCUUCUCGACGUCGAUCCUUCCUUGCGUUUGUUGGCGAGCGUUUUUUGUUGCACAGAGGCGGGUGCGAAUCUUAGCUGCAACAAGAUAGUGUACUUUCAAAUUAAGCAAAAAAAAAUUUCGAUGUUUUUAAUCCAAGUUACCAGACUACUACCUUAACUCGGCUAUAACCGCUUAAGCGGUUUCUACGCCAGUAAAGAAGAACAAGAAUGGUGAAUAAACGACUAAGGAACCUGGACGGCAAAGCCCCUAAGAUAAUGGCAUAUGCAGACGACUUUGCCUUCUUAAUAACGGUCUACAGACCAUUAACAGUAUUAUGACCACCACUCUCAAUACAGUCCGGAAUUGGACAUCGGAAGCGGAUCUGGAGUUGAGCGCGAAGAAAACGGAUCUGCUUGUCUUAACAAGAAAACACAAAAUUCCUUUAUGGAGGUUUCCUUCGAUAUAGGGGUCACUACUCUCUCUCAAGGACAGCACCAAGUACCUUGGGGUAGCGCUGUGGAAGAAAGAGUGAGAAAGGCUAGCAAUGCUACCCGUGUAGGCAAAUGCUCGGCACAACCUGGUAGCUCUCUCCCUCUCUCAUGCACUGGUGCUACAUAGCUAUUUUAAUACCAAUUCUGCUCUACGGUGUACGGAAAUCCACCUACCGGAAGCCAAUAGUAAGGAGCUCGCUACGCUGUGCAUAACGGGAGCUUUAAGAACAACUCCAACGGCGGCUCUUGAACUGGUACAAACCUUCAAACAUAGCUCAGUAGAUAAUGGCGGUUUGGCAAACACCGACUACAGGAACCCACUUUUCAACUGGGAAAGAAGGUUUAAAGUAAAGAAAAGCCGAAGCUAAUAUACCAUUUAUAAGUGCAUUUCUUUUAAGUGUUCAGUUUGUAUGGAGGCUAUAUGCUAUAGUUAUCCGAUCUGCAAAAUUUUUCGCAGAUUAUAUUGUUACCUUAAGCAGUAAUCCAUGCCAAAUUUUGUGAAGAUACCUCAUCAAAUGCAAAAGUUUUCCUUACGGGCCCUUGAUUCCGAUCGUUCGGUUUGUAUGGCAGCUACAUGCUAUAGUGAGUCGAUCUGAACAAUUUCUUCGGAGAUUACAUUUUUGCCUUAGAAAAUAAUCUAUACCAAAUUUCGUGAAUACAUCUUGUCAAAAGUUUUCCAUACAAGAACUUGAUUCCGAUCGUUAAGUAUGUAUGGUGGUCUGAUAUCGGCAGUUCCGACAAAUAAGAAGUUUCUUGAAAAGAAAAUGAUGUUUGCAAAAUUUCGAAAGAUAUCUUAAAAAUUGAGAGAUUAGUUCGUAUAUAUAAAAAUCUAAAUCUACUCAGCUCAACAUACUGAUCAAUUGAUAUACUUUAUAGAGUCUCCGACGCUUCCUUCUGGGUGUUACGAACUUCGUGACAAGCUUAAUAUACCCUGUUCAGGCUAUAAAAAGAUGAUUGGCGUAAAGGUACGUCAGCUACGCGCAACACUCUAAACAAUUAUACGGAUGGCUCGAAAAUAGAGGAUAAGUUGGCGCGGAGAUAUACCGUCCAGAGUUAGGCCUAAAGCAGCCUUUUAUGUUACCGGACCACUGCAGUAUAUUUCAAGCUAAGGUCUUUGCCAUUUCGAAAGCCGUGGAGCUGGCCUCUAAUGCACCUGAUAUCAAUUCCAGAGUCAACAUCUACGUAAACAGCCAAGCAGCAAUGAAGGCAGUAACCUCGUAUCGCAUAUCGGUCAGAAGUUUCUAGAGAAGCAGGACAGCAGUGGAAAGUGUUGUCAGCUGGGUGUCAGGUCAGAAAGGCAUCGAGGGCAAUGAAAUAGUAAACGAGAUUGAUGCACCUCUAACACCCGAAAAUGUGAUCAACAUUGGUGAACCCAUGCAUAGUCUAUACAACGAUCUGGAUGGAAGAAUGGUAAAGAAAAUCUAAAUGCAAUGGAACGGAUACAAAACUGUAAACGUUAUGUGCAGAACGGUAGAUCGGAAGUACACAACUGGGCGUUUUUCUUGAACUGUUUUGUAUCUACAUUAUGAUAUUUUUGAAAAUAUUAUUUCACUUUGUGUUAUACAUAUAUUUCCUAAAUACUUCACUCAUACUAUCGAAAUCAUAUGCCGCAAU